UUCCACCAUGACCAUGGCAAUUGUUUUUGUGCUACUCUCUUUCACGCUUUGCUGCUUCCCAGAUGCUGCCUUUGGGGUUGAGGUUGACUGCAGUAAAUAUCCGAACACUACAAAUGAGGAAGGCAAAGAGGUGGUACUCUGCCCCAAAAUCCUCAGCCCCAUCUGUGGUUCUGAUGGAGUCACUUACAGUAAUGAAUGCUUGCUGUGUGCCUACAACAUUGAAUAUGGAACCAAUGUCAGCAAAGACUACGAUGGAGAAUGCAAAGUUGCUCCUCUCGACUGCAGUAAAUAUUCCAACACUACAAAUGAGGAAGGCAAAGAGGUGCCGCUCUGCACCGAUAGCCUCAGCCCUGUCUGCGGUACUGAUGGAAUCACUUACGGCAAUGAAUGCCUGCUGUGCGCUCACAAUGUAGAGCAAGGUACCAGCGUUGGCAAGAAGUACGACGGUGAAUGCAGAAGAGAAUUUGCUACAGUUGACUGCAGUGACUACCCAAAGCCUGUCUGCCCGCUUGACUAUAUGCCUCUGUGUGGCUCUGACAGCAAAACGUACAGCAAUAAGUGCAACUUCUGCAAUGCAGUUGUGGAGAGCAGUGGCACUCUCACUUUAAGGCAUUUUGGAAAAUGCUGAAUAUCAGUGCUGAGAGAAUUUCCACGAGAUCCCCGCUGGUGACCCCAACUGAAGAUCUCGCCUCAGUUCAUCUUGCUCUCUGGGGGACUCAGCUCACCCUUGAUUUUCUUUCUCAAUAAACUCAAAUCAGCAACA